UCUCCAUUGAGAACCUGGCAGACUCAACUAGUGGAACUGACCCGGGCUGAAUUUUACUAAAACAAAUCUGUUCCAGAUACAUUUAUUGUAUUUUGUCAGUUAUCAGCCUACAUAAUGACAUUGUGCUGGGUAACCGUUGUUUCUGUAUGGUGUUUGAUCGCGUUAAGUUCGGCGCGCAGGUCUGGUGCUGAGGACGGGGACGUUCUAGAGAAAAUAAACAGCGCGAGAUGCACUUCGCGCUGCCUCACUCUGCACAUGACACAACUCACAGCAUCUUUUAAACAUCUUCAGAGUGAUGAUGUCUUGGGCUGGUGUGAUAGCCACAGGAGGUGUUCACAGUGCCUACAGCCGUGCAAGGAAUUAUGGGAGACCAGAAGAUCUUUAUCUCAGACACCGUGCGAGAAGCUUCACGAGUGUGUGACCAGCUGGGAGUUCCUGCAGUCUCUUAGGGUAGGGAAACAAGGGGACUGCCCCCCUCCCCAGCGAGCCACGGGAUUUGCUGCUGCCUGCGUGGAGAGCUGUUCUGCUGAUAAGCACUGCUCCGCCUCCAAGAAGUGCUGCUUCAAUGGCUGUGGACACACCUGCCAGGCCCCAGCCAAUCUCUACAAAGGAGUUCCUCUGAAGCCCAGGAAGGACAUGUCCUUCCUGGAGGACUUGCAGGGUCAGCUGGAGGUCAGCUGGAUGUCCAAGUUCAAUGUGACCAUUGAGCCGGUUCUCUAUAUCCUGCAGCGCAGGUGGAACCGUGGGAUACAUCCCAGCGAGGAUGACGCUUCGCCCUGGAACACCGUCGCCAUGACGAUGGAAGACCGAGUUCUCCUGAAGGACGUUCGUCCCCACAGGUGGUACCAGUUUAGGGUGAGCGCCGUCAACAGCCAAGGUACCCGGGGAUUUACCACCCCGAGCAAACACUUCUUCUCCACCAGAGACCCCUUCCCCCCUGACACCCCCCAGAAUGUGCGCGCUGGGAACGAGACCCAGGUACCAGACGGCAGCCGAGUGGGAGUGCAGGUCCUCUGGGACCCCCCAAGAGAGGGAGACUUGCCUGUUCACCACUACAAGGUCACCUGGAGCGCCCGUCACGCCCCUCGGCCCUCGGCCCAGGACAGGAAGGACAAUGCCCGGGUCACCCUGGAGGCUUUGUGUGAAAUGGAUCUCCAAGGUCUACUGCCAGGUACCUCCUAUCUGAUCCAGGUCCAGGCCAUCUCAUACUGGGGACAAAAACGCCUGAAAAGUGGCCGUGCCCAGCUUACCUUCACGACACAAUCUACAGGCAAACAGCUUACCUUUACCACAGAAACUAAAGGUUUGUCAUCUCUACCUGCCCCACCAGGUCCCGAGCGGAUGAAAGGAGAGUUCUCCAAUGAGCUCCCGUCGGCGCCGCGCCUCGUCAUCCCUGCCGGUCCCGAACCUGUCCCCCGCCUGGCCACCCCACCCACUCUGCGCCUGGAAGCAGCUUCCCCCCACUACCACAACGACCAGCUGCAGGUCAAGGUGUUUUGGAAGAGACGGCACCAAGAAACACCAACAGACUCGUCCACGUACAUCCUGAGGUGGUAUCCUCACAUGUGUGUCAGCAACGUCACCAAGGCAGAGAAAAGAGCCACCGUGCAGGGAACACAUUUUGUUAUUACGGGUCUGCUGUUUGCCUGUAAAUACUGGAUUGCAGUGGCGCCUAUAGCAGCAGAGGGCGUUGAAAGGUCAGAAGCUGUUACCGCAGUAAUUACCCCACCUUGUUCUGCAGUCAGGGCAAGAGGAGGCAAGGCCGUGCCCUGUGCCAAAGAAGAGCUCCCCCUGGUGUCUAGGAAGGUGGUAAUGCGUCCUGAAAAGCUGUCCGCAGAGUUCCACACUGUCAACGGCUCUCUGCAGUGUCUCUUCCGCUGGCAGCUGUCGCAGGAUGCACCGGGACAGACGCCUAUUGCUGGGUUCCAGUUUUCCUGGGUCCAGGUGUCCCCCAGAACCAUAGCAACAGAUGGACAAGACACCCUAAUUUCUCAGACACAGAUUUUGGCCCCGGACCAGCGCUCGCUGACAGUGAGGGGAAUGCAGCCAGACUCCACAUAUAAGCUGCAGGUCCAGGUGCUGUCAGGGAGGGGCAGUGGUCCAUCAGUGGCCCGGACGCUCCACACACCUCCCCUCAACACCACCCUACUAUGAGGCUUCUCCCCCAAAUAUGCUACGUCCUCUGCUGCUCUUCAUCACCAUAGCCUGUGUGUGUAUUCAGAACAGCACUGCAACAUCCUGGAUAUGUUUACACACACUCAUUUUGACACUCUGGUGCACCAAAGCUUUGUCAUGUUUAUCGCACAGGUUACAUGAUGGACAACAUCACCUUCUCCUGAAAAAUAAAGUGAAUCUAUACCAAGACUGGCCAUUAAAAUUACAAUAUAUGUAUGUAUGUUCAUUUUUUAGAGAUUAUAGUUUUCAGUCGUGAAUAAUGUAAUCAUAUUUUUUAUUUUUUCUACAUUUGUAAAGAGAAAAAUAUAGCACUGAUGUAUUUAGCAAUACCAACAUGUCUGCCCAGGUCAUUUUCUGUUUAGUUAGGUCCUACAAGGAAAAUGUCCCUGCAAAAAGCAGUUGUUGUAGUUGUGUUAGUUCACAUGGCUACUCAGUGUUGAUGAUGUAAUCCUCUGACAUAUCUGUGUUUCAUUUUAUUUAUUGUGUUGUAAUAAAAGAUGAUUAUAAUAUGUGGUGCUCUCCUGACCCGGGGGCUUACUUAAGGUGCACUCGUGAAUAGUGUUCAGAUUGAAAUGUUUUGGUUAGAACAGACAUUGUUGUUCAUUGUGAAUUUAUAAUCAUGUCAGCUGUAUGCAUUGCAUUUCUGUCUGCAACUUCCAUCCAUCACCUUUCUGAACACACUCCUGACAAAUAUGCAUGAUGAGAUCAAACGUUACUUUGGGAGGCACAAAGAAACAGUUUUCUGUACCAGGUGUUGUGUUCGGUGUUCUAAAUAAGGCCUUUUAACCUAUUUACUUGCCAUGAAGGGUAUUUGAGGUUAGAACAUUGUCAUUCUGUUUCAUGUAAAGUGCCAUUGAUGGAAACACUGCUGAACAUUGUUAUUUUUGUAAAUAUUAUAUGUGGAGUAGUGUACAUUAUUAUUUC